GCAAGGGGGCAGGCGCUGAGUCCCCCGAGCCGCGGAGCGUCGCUGCAAAGGCUGCCCAGGAGGACAGACAACCAGUGAACGAGGCUUCUGUCUGGGGGACCUGGGCUGCUGCUGCGAUGGCGGUGGGCAAGAGGCUGGCCCUCCGCUUGGCCUACGCGGCGGCGGGGACCCUGUCGGGCCUCUCGGUCUUCCUCGCCUGGAACCUGGCCCCUGCCUUUAGGCAGCCUUGCACCGCCGCCGCCGGAGGACUCUCUGGUGUGUUGGCGCUCUGGGCCCUGAUCACCCAUGUGAUGUAUGUACAGGACUACUGGAGGACUUGGCUGAAAGGGUUGAAGUUCUUCCUCUUCGUGGGAGUUCUGUUUGGCAUUCUCUCUGUGGUGGGCUUCUGCACAUUCCUGGCCCUGGCCAUCACGCAACACCAGUCCCUGAUGGAUCCAAAGAGCUACUACCUAUCUUGCGUCUGGAGUGUCAUCUCUUUCAAGUGGGCUUUCCUCCUCAGCUUAUACUCCCAUCGGUACAGGAAUGAGUUUGCCGACAUCAGCAUUCUCAGUGACUUCUAAGACCAUGGACUUCUUAAUCCCAUCAAGGGAAGGCCCGAGGGUGGACGCCAAAGCAGGCUAUCUCAGAGCAAGGUGCUGGCAAGAGAACAGAAGCAAGAGGCUCUCGAGAGGCUGACAAUGGACUCCUUUCCUGCCUCUUCACCAUCAGUUUUGUUAGGGGCCCUUGCUUCAUCCAGUCACGUACUGUGUUGGCUAGUUCUGUCAGUUGUAUAUGUGUCUGUUCAUCUCUGUGUCUCUUCACCUUUCCCGAGAACAUUUGUCCUUAUUUUGAGGGAUGAUCCAAGACCAGGUUUUCUGGUGCAAGCCCUUCUGGGCCUGUCUUUCUUCCCAUGUGCACAACCCCAUAUAUUUUUCUCUCUCUGUCCCCUCUCUCCUUCCCUCCUUCCCUCUCUUUUGUUAAGCUUUGUGUUAAAAUUUGGAAAGCCUGUGGCAAUCCUGAUAUCCAUGACACAAGGCAUGAAACAGCAGCUUUUCUUCUUCUCUUUCUCCUUCUGGCCUACAAAGUGCUUGGCAAAAGUCUGAAGAGAUGUGAUGCAAGGGCCAGUUUGUACUCCUUUCAUACAGAUGUAUUUUCAUAGGGUGAGGCAUGAAUCCAUUUUAAGAGAAAACUAUUUUGAAAAAUGCUGCUCUUCUGUUUCCCUCCUUCAAUUCCUUGUGGUUGUUGGUUGUGGUUGUGCAUGGCUUUAGGAAGAAAACGAACCUGUGACUCUUUCUGGACAUCAUUACACAUCACCUCACUUCAUCCUUUCCUCCUGCACUUUUUUUAAGCUGAUGUUUUAAAGCGUGUCUAAACUGGCUAUAGGGAACUUUGACCCUACAGAUGUCUUGGACUAUGAUUCCUAUCAGCUUCACCUGGCCAGGCUAGUGGUAAUGUGUUGUGGGAGUUGUAGUCCCUGAAGCAGGAGUGUGCCAGUGGUUCUCCACUCCUGAUUUUGGCAAAAUUAAACACUUGAUUGAAACAGUUCUCAAUGUUGAAGAUUGUCCAUGUGGAAUAAGAAAAAAACAUAGGACACCUUUUGAAUCUCCCCUCCACCCUGUUCCUGGAAUGAUUUGCUAAUGUCUCACCUUCUUAUCAGGAGACCUGUACUCUUACCUAAAAAAAGGAUAAUCUUUAUAAAGUAAACAAGCAUAUAUUUUAGAUUCUAGAAGCUGAGGUUAUCUUCCAUAUCCCCACAUGUGUUUGGAUGAAAAGCAUAAGAUUGAGUUCUGGUGUUACAUUACAAUUCCUUUCUUUUUUGGCAUUACAAUUCAUCUUCUCAUCUACAUCAGGGACGAGUGGUGCAUGGUUUCCAGAUGUUGUUAGUUUGCAAACCCAUCAGCAUAGCCACUGAUGAUGAAUGGUCGGAGUUGCAAUCCAGUACUAUUCAGAUGGCCACAUAUUCCCACAGUUCUGAUCUAUGAAAAUAUGUGUAAGAAUUCGCUCUCAGCUACCCACUGGUCAUUGCAUUAAAUGACAACACAUCUGCAUUUUAGCAUCUUCCUGUGUGCUCUAUCUAACCCAGAUAGCUUUAAAAAAAAAAACACCACGUGUCUAAUGUGUGUCUGUUUUUAUUAGAACAUUUAGCCUUUAAAGAUUAAGCAUGGUUGGGUGCAAAAGUCCAGAAAUGAGGUGGGUGUGACUGUCAAAAGGUAGAAGUGGUGUUUGGACUCUCCCUGCCUAACCUGGAUAUAAAUCAACUUUUGGAAAAAGAAAAGUUACUUCAGCUUUACCCCUAAAUGUUCAGUAGUUCUACCUUGGGGUGAGGAGAGAUAUUCUAUAAUAUAAUUGCUCCUCAUUGUUUCAUCUCCACAUCCAUCCCAUUUUCAAUUGGGAUGCUGAGCUGGGGAUGGGAAACAGUCUCCCUGUCUUUUUUUAGUUCAAGCCAAGCAUUGCUUUCUGCUCCCUGGGCUUGGUUUGGUAUUUGGGGUCCCAACUAAUUUCUGUUUAUUUGUUUUUGUUUUUUUGCUGGGGGGGUCCCAGGGGACAAUGUGCCCUCCAACCCAAUAGUUGCCCACCCUGGUCAAGGCCUGAAACCACUGCACCAAUUGCUAGGCUAGAUGGAGCAGUGGGAUGACUUAAUAAGGUCAGUGGCAGCUGAUAACAUCUCUGUUGGUGGGUAUUAGUCCAGACUUCGGAAGAACUAUACAAGGUACUGGACUUAUUUGCAGAAUAAAGUUCAGUACCAUAGAUAGCUCCUUGAAAGUUUAGAUGAAAACCUAGGUCAGAUUUUCUGCCCCACUUACAUGGAAGCCAUCAUCUAUCACUUCUGCUAAACCUUUUAUGUAUCUUUAUGAACAGAGUGAGUGGCUGUGUAAAGGCCAUAUAUCCCACCUCCUCAGUUGUGGCUGAUCCAGGUUUCUCAGUUCUUUGGUAGCAACAUCAUGAGAACUUUGUAGCCCCUUCAUGGAAUCAGGAGCUAUUGGACUGCUGCACAUGAGCUCUAACACAGGGCCUACAAAAGCAUUCUGAACUAUUCCUGUUGGAUGAGACAGCAGGAAGACAUCUUUAACAUCUCUUCUGGCCCCUUACUAAAUAUUGAACUGACCACCUGGGUCUUUAAAAUAAUGACCUGCAGAGGACAGAUUCAGUAGGUAUAGUAGGGUUGGCUGCAGGGCCCAUGCUUGCUGAACACCUUCUGAAUUCAGGUUUCUUUUAAAGACACAGAAGCAUCUUGGUGACCUUUUGUGUUGGCACAUGUUGGGAAAGCCUUCCUAUGUUUUCUCCCACAUGCAUGAGAGGCCAUAGGACAAUGUGCAGUUGGCUCAUGACCUGCUUUAGUUGGGUUGGGUGGUUGGUUACAUCUAGAAAAUGUAAGAGUGAUAAUUUACUAUCAUGGUUUCUGGCAGCAGCAGCAGGAUGAGCAGGGAAAGUUGGACUCCUGUCUGGGAAAAAAAAACAUAGAUGGAUUCCAAGUUUCAUGGAAGCCUCAGCAUUCAUCAGAACACGGGACAGUACGUGCUCAAGCAGUGGUUUUGCGCUGCAUCAAUUUGCUUCUUUUAACCAACCCCCAUUUCAGCCCUGCUUAAAUCAGCCAGCAAUAAUGAACUGGUUUUGCUCUUUCAUAUGUUUUGGGAUGAUGGUGGUAUUGCACAAACAUCUCACCUGGGAGAAAGCCGGUCACACUUUUUUUCUUAUUAAAUAAAGAGAGGCAGAG